AGGAAGCGGGAGUUGAAGAAGGCAAGUAGUGUAGCAGGAGCGCGUAAACGCCAUUUUAGUAUUAGUAUGUAUCGGUAUCGGUCACGGAGCUGUGAGGACGCGACGAACUGAGUAACCGCGUUGCAGGCGGUGCUGUGCAACCGGGCCAGCAGUGAGCAGUGCGUAGCGCGGCAGCUUUUGCAAUGUAGACAGCCAUGCCAACAGGUGGUUGCGCUACGGUACUCCACUGCACCGUUGCCACGGAUUCGUGACCAGAAUUUGCGGACCGACUGGCUAAAAAUAAAACCGUGUAUUGAUGCAAAUCAUGGUUACACCGUUUCUGCCUUCGCCUGAUUUGUGAUUGCUGACGCCGCGAUGGUAGGUCCUGGUGCGUACACUGCUAGAAGGAAGCCAAGGGUGAUGUCUUGCACAUUUGAUGAAACACCAACUAAUUCAGAGCCGGAGAAGAAAGUAGGGCCGUUGACAGAUCAUCUGUUACCGACAAACCUGACACUAAAAUUCGAUACUAACGUCAGGUUGCAGAGGAACAGUGUGCUGACAACAGUAACCAUUUUAAAUGCGGUGGUUACUGCUGCGUUAAUUGUUGCAGCUGUCCCGACGAGUGUUUAUGUACAUAGUGAACUGAAUAAUUCCCAGCAUAAAGUCCUAGUCCUUCAAGAGCAAGUAAAUUUCUUGACGGAUCGUUACGAGUACAUCCUAAAACAGUUAAGGUCAGUGAGGAUCCGAUCAAAAGGAAGUUCCUUAAAUGAAAAUUUGAAGCAAAGUAGUAAUAACGAAGAUUUUAACAGUGCGCAACAUAAAUUUCCUAGUCAGUACAAGGAUGUUGAUUCUGUUAAUAGUGGAGAGCGGAGCCAGCACCUGCAAAUCAAGAAACCAAGUUUCGUGUCGAAAGACGUCGUGAAGGAGUCAUCAAAAGGUGCCCAGGCUACAGAGGAUACAUUUCCUCCAUUUUCUGAAGAGCCACACACAUCAAGAGCAGUGGCAAUGGAAUCUGACGGCAGUCAGUAUGGCACUCAUACACUGCGGAGGACUAAGCGUUCAGAUUGGAGAGGUAAACAGUCACAGAGGAAGCCUUCGAAUGGUGGACGUGGGCGACAGCGAAGGAGAGGAAAAUUUAGUGGUGCUGCUGUUGCACAUUUCAAGGGUGGGCAGCCAGAAACUUUCAUCAGAGAUGGAGGUAGUUUGGUUGCGCCAUGGUUCCUUGAUGAUGCUGCAUCUGGAAGAUUCAGUUUCUCAGCCUUCCAGCUGAAACAAGGAAAAGCAGCGGUUGAGGUGACAGAGAGUGGGCUUUACUAUAUAUAUUCUCAGUAAUCUGCUGGCACAACAUUUCGCUGUCACGGAUGACUACAGUGCAUUGGUAUGACCACCUUGUCAGCAACCAGCAGUAUUACAUAAAUACAGGAAAUUUGUGCAGCAUUGCGAUGGGAACUACAUGAUGCCUGGGGUAUUUGCAUGUUAACAAGACAGAUGCUGGUGUGUAUCAGGAAGGACUGCUAAGCCAACACUGAAUCGGUAACCACUGUUGAAUGGAUGACUGCUGUGUGGUCCAGAGAAGCACUACUACUCUACCGUCAUCCACUGGUGCAUUCAUCAAUGAUCGUCAUUCUAUGGGACCAUGGUGCUGUCCAUGCUCAGCUAUGAUGAGCCAAGGGUUGAACUAGAACCAUUUUAGCCAUCAACUUGCUUAACGACAAUUAUCCCACGUGCUGCUAGCCAGAUGUCAGCACCCUGGAUGGCACUAUCCUUGCCUCAAGCUGCAGUUGGGCUAGUCAGCAACAUCACAUGGCUGUCACUGUGCCAUGAGAUAGGGAUGUGUGGCAGCACUGGCUCAGCAUUGGCAGCACUGGGUACUCACAUAGCACAGAUGCACAACCCAGAGCCAUGCAUCACCAUUAACAAGCUGGUGCCAGAAUCCUGACAGAGUGCCAUCGACACAGACUGUUGGUUUGACCCCCCCCCCCCCCCCCCCCAUUUCCCCUUGCUGGAUGUGGGGCAGUGAAUCAAUGGUGUUUGCUGUACACAAGUGAAAAAUGAACUAGGUUCAAUCAGAGUGUGACUUCAUCUGCUCCUGCUCCUACUAGAGAAGCUGCAUGCCUUGGGUGAGGGUGUCAUACUUGCCCCCUGACAAGUCUACUCCCGAUCUUCUCACACUCCAACAGGUUUGAUGCUAUCCAGACUUGUCGAUGUCAUUACAUCUCAAUAACAUUCACAAAUAGCUUUGUUUAAUUUGACAUAUUGUAUCAUAUUGUUAUUAUCAUUUGGUUGGAACUCUCCCAUUUUAUUUUAUUUUGCAUGUUUAGUUCUGUAGGAACAAAUAGCGGAGCAAAUCUCUGUGGUCGUGGAAUGAGUCAGUACAUAAAAUUAACAUCAGAAAAAUUAAUAUAAGUGAAAUACAGUGUAUAUGAAUCCUAAGCAAAUGGCAAGCUCCUGAGAACAUAUGAACUCCCGACACAAUAGGAGGAAUGAGACAUGAGGACAUUCUUCAGUUCAGACUUGAAAGUCUGAGGUUUACUGCUAAGGUUUUUAAAUUCUUGUGGUAGCUUAUUGAAAAUGGAUGUACCAGAAUGCUGUUUGCCAUUUCUAUUUAAUUGCUAA